AUGCAUUCCCAUCCUGAUAUUGAUAGUCUUAUCAAUAUUAAAUUGAAUUCUUGUAAAAUUACAGAUAGAGGAUUAAGCAAAACCUUAAUUGAAGAAAUUGUGUUAUUUCUAAAUUCUUAUAAGAUUAGAACUACAGAACAAGAUGAAUUAAUCAAUCAUUCCAGUUAUGUUUAUACAUAAUCUUUAAAGAAAUUUAAUCAAAUUUGGAACCAUUCUAGGCAAAAUCAUACUAUUAGUAUUAUAUUUAAUAUAUAUAUAAGACUUCAAUUAAAGUAAUAUUAUGUUUUAAGUCUCUUUAAAUGGGGGAUUUAAUUCCUGUUAAUUUUUGGUGGGUCUAAGAACAUUUUAAAAAAUGAUAUACAGAUUAUUGAAUGAACAAUAAGGUGUAGAAUAUGAUAAUUUUUUGGAAAUGAAUUUCUUGACUAAAUUUCUCUAAGUUCUCAAAGAACUAAAAAAAAAUAACUUUGAAUUAAAUCAGUAUAUUCUCUUGAUUAGGCAGAAUCGAUCAGAUAUUCUAAUACAUUCAGCUAGAACUGUAGAUAACUCAAGAACUUAAUAUAAAAGAUUAAAAUCAAUAUGA